AGGGCCCGGGCCCCGCCCCUGCCGGCCAGGCUCCCAGGGCCUCUGUCUGUGGGGCUCCGGGCGCCCACAGCCCUCUUCCAGGCAGGUUCGCUGGGCUACCCAGGGAGACACUCAGGGCCUGGGAGGCCUGGCUCCAUUCUGCCCGUGGGCCUCAGCGUCACCAUCCCUUUGCUGGGGAAAAGCAGGUGCAGGGCGCUGGCGGGGCCUCCUGAGGCUCAGCCCCUCCCACCAGCAGGUCGGUUGCCUCUAAUGUCAGAGCUGAAAGGCCGGUGGCAUCUGUAGUCAUGGCCCACGGGCUCCACACACAGCAGUGGCAUGGUGGAGGGCAGGGUCUCCUCCACUGCCUUCCCCAGAAGCAGAGCCCUCCCCACCUGCCGCUCCCCUGGGUGAUGGAGCCACAGAGGGUGGGCCCAGGGCCGCGCUGCAGAGGGAUGUCUGGUUGGCCCCUGUGGUUGAACCCGCUGGCCCAUCUCCCCUGGGGCCUCCUUGGCACUGGCUCUUGUCCCCCGACCCCCACGCUGGCCUGGCUGGCAGGACCUGGCUCUGCUCUCGCGUUCUCACCUCACGGGCUGGACGAGCGUACUGGCCCGCAGACAGGAUGCCCGUCAGUGGGCAUCUCACGGGGCCACAUGCCCACCCCGUCAGCCCCGGGGGUCUGGUGCCACUUACUGAAACCAGGCCUCAGGGACUCCUCCCUGGCCAGAGGUUCACAUCCUUGUCCGGGAAUCAGACUGGAGACCCUUGGGUGCGUGGGCCGACACUCUAACAGGGAGCCACGCCGGCAGGCCCCGCCUCCCCUUCCGUACCCCCUGGUCUCCGUGGCAGGAGAGGAAGAGGCGGUCUGCGCCUCCUCACAGAGCUGCCGCUGGGCCCUGUGUCCAGCCCUAGGGAGAGACCCAGGUGCCACCUGGGGAGGCAGGCAGAGCCCGUGGGAGGGGCCGGCGCCGGGGGCACUGUGGGGGUGCACCCUUCCCCCCAGUCAGGCCCCACCUGCCCACCUGCUGGGGGUAGAGCUGUCUCUCCGCACAGGGUGGCGGCCUCAUUGCACUUGCUCCCCAGAAUCGGCCCCCACCCUUCUCCCCACCCCCAGCCUCAGGGGCCUGGGGCCACCGAUCCAGGAGGCCCCUCCCCAAAGACCUGCCCUGCAGGCCUCGCUGCCACCUGCUGACCAGCCUCGAUGGCCUCUGAGGGGCAGGCCUGGGGUUCAGCCCUCCCAGCUCAGGGCGGGGUGGGCGGGGACAGGACGGGACAGAGGGGAGCGAGCCCUCGGGGCUCCUCACUGCGCACCUGCCUGGCUCCUCACUGGGAGGGGCCGAUGGCUCCAGCUGGCACUGUGCCCUGACCCGCGCCCACUUGGCCGAAUAGCUUCUCCUCAUGUGAGAGGAGCUGUGGCCUCAGCAGGAAGGAGCAGCCUCCUGGCCCUCCCUCGGCCUCUCCUGCCUCCGUGGCUUUCUGGGGGGCGUUGCUUUCUGGGGGGUGCAGAGCUCAGAGCCUGUCUUCCUGGGGCAGACCCGCCCCCAACCCUGGGGCCAGGCACUUCCUUCCUGGGUCCAAGGCCUGCCCUCCACAGGCCCAGCCCCAGGACCCCUCCCACAUGCCCUGCUGAGACCUGGUGCACCGGGUGUGGCCCUGAUGGGCAGUUCGUGGGCCUGUGCAGUCCCGGCCCCAGAGCUGGGUCCCUGCGGUGGGGCAGAAGCCUCGUCCCUUCCAGGGCCACUGUCUCGGCUGGGGCUGCAGGCUGGCCCCAGCCCCAGAGCACGGCCGCCGUGGGCGGCUCCUCCUGGGCAGGUCUGUCUGCAUGCCUCUCGCCCUGACCUGUGACCUGUCGGCCGCAAGAUGGCUGCUUCGAGGUCACCGAGUGCCUGACUGUGGCCUGCACCCCACCCCCUGCCUCCCUCCCUCCCUCCCACACGCCACCUCCUAGGCUCCCGUUACCAGAGCCAGGCCAGGGUGUCCGUCUCGCCCGGGGGCACUGUGCCCAGGGGCACCCUCUGACCAGAGCCGGUCAGGGCCAGGCACCCGCAGGGAGGGCACGGUGGGUGGGGCGGCGGCUGCGCUAUUUUGGGACGAUCCUGGGAAGUGCGAGUUCUCUCGAAGGCUCAGCACCUCCUGCUCCCAGGUCGCCGUUUCAGCUGAACUUUUCAGCACCUCGGCCCCCUCUCGCCGCCACUUGAUGUGCAUUUUUAACACCCGGAGCGUCUGAAAGCUGCCUCCUGUGCCUGGCAGAGCGCCCGAGCCCCACACUGGCAUCUCUGAGAGCAGAAGGUGGAAGGGGAGCAAGCCUGCCCCUCA